CUCGGGGCGGGGCCAUGGCGGGGCCCGGCGGCGCGGCGCGGGGCCGCUUCGCCGUGGUGGGCGGCGGCAUCGCGGGGGUGACCUGCGCCGAGAAGCUGGCUGCAGAGUUCCCAUCAGAAGACAUUUUUUUAGUGACAGCUUCCCCAGUUAUAAAAGCUGUAACUAAUUUCAAGCAGGUGUCCAAAACACUUGAGGAAUUUGAUGUCGAAGAGCAACCAAGUUCCCUAUUAGAAAAACGAUAUCCCAAUAUUAGAGUUAUACAAUCUGGAGUAAAACAGCUGAAAAGUGAUGAACACAAAAUUUACACUGAAGAUGGGAAAGAAUACAUAUAUGAAAAACUCUGCCUGUGUGCUGGAGCCAAACCAAAAUUAAUUGUUGAAGGGAACCCGUAUGUAUUAGGAAUCCGGGACACUGACAGUGCACAGGCUUUUCAGAAGAAUUUGGCUCAUGCUGAGAGAAUAGUGGUGGUAGGAAAUGGUGGGAUUGCCCUUGAAUUAGUGUAUGAAAUUCAAGGCUGUGAAGUAAUCUGGGCUAUCAAAGACAAAGCCAUUGGGAACACUUUCUUUGAUGCAGGAGCAGCCGAAUUCCUCCUUCCAAAGCUCACUGCUGAAGGCCAAGAGACUCCAAUUGAGUGUAAAAGAACCAAGUACACAGUGGAAGGAAGUGAGGAGAAAGGAAGACCUACAGGAGCAUCUGACAAGCUGGGCAGUGCCUUAGGCCCCGACUGGCAUGAGGGCUUACACCUUAAAGGGACUAAGGAGUUUUCUCAUAAAGUACAUAUUGAAAUACUGUGUGAAGUAAAGAAAAUACACUUACAGCAAGAAUUUAUCCAACUGCAGUGGACUUCCUUGACUUUUCCUAAAGGAGAGAAAAAUGUAGAAGCAGAUGAGGUGCUGUGGCCUGUAUAUGUGGAAUUAACUAAUGGAAAAAUUUAUGGAUGCAAUUUCAUUGUCAGUGCAACUGGAGUUGUGCCAAAUGUUGAACCAUUUCUGGAUGGCAAUAAUUUUGCUGUGGGUGAAGAUGGAGGACUGAAGGUAGACAAGCACAUGCACACGUCGCUGCCAGAUGUGUUUGCAGCUGGAGAUAUUUGCACGGCAGCAUGGGAGCCCAGCCCCGUGUGGCACCAGAUGAGGCUGUGGACCCAAGCUCGGCAGAUGGGAUGGUAUGCAGCAAAGUGCAUGGCAGCAGAUGCUUUAGGGGAAUCUAUUGAGAUGGAUUUCAGCUUUGAACUAUUUGCUCACAUCACAAAAUUUUUCAAUUACAAGGUGGUGGUUUUGGGAAGGUACAACGCUCAGGGCCUGGGCUCAGACCACGAGCUGAUCCUGAGAUGUACCAAAGGCCACGAGUACGUGAAAGUGGUGAUGCAGAACGGCCGAAUGAUGGGAGCUGUGCUCAUUGGUGAAACAGACUUGGAAGAAACUUUCGAAAACCUAAUUUUAAAUCAAAUGGAUCUUUCAGCCUACGGUGAAGAUCUCCUAAAUCCAGAUAUUGAUAUAGAAGAUUAUUUUGAUUGAACAAUACCCCAUUCCCAUUCUGUAUGAAGUUUUGAUAUCAAGUCAUACAUCUUAGAAAACUGUUUUCUCAGGAUUACCAGAAAUGAGGGAUAAAUGCAAUCCUCUAUUAAAGAUUUUGGGUUGAUCUUGCCAAAAUACUGACUGAUUACUGCCACAGGUACCAGCUAAUGGUACAACCUUUGUCGAGGCUCAGAUGAGCAGAGAACAAUUUUAAGGCACAGGGUGCUCAGAGCUCCUGCUGCCUGGAAUGUGGGUUGCAAAUAUAUGACCUUACUCAGUUUUUUUUUCUCCUUUUCUUCCCCCCCAUAAAUUUACUUCUGAAAUACAUUUAUUUGCUGCUCAGUUAACUACAGAACACAAGCUUUGCACAAUGAAAGCCAGGAUGAGAUGUCAGUUGAAAGCAGCUUUUUAACUGCUUGCCCCUUCAGCUGUCCAGAUGAUGGGGUAGAGCUGCACUGUACUGGAUAAUGCCAGCCCUGGACAGCAGUUGUUUCAUCCUGGCUUUUGAUUUUGUUCUGCAGUUGCUGCCUGCAAGUUGCUAUUUAUUUUGGGUCAAAUUUGGAACAAUUUAUUGUACUCAAUACAAGGCUGGCAGUACAUAUUGAGACUUGUCCCAGACAAAUCACUUAAUGUUUUUUAGUAGAAUGAGUUUUUAACUAAAUUUUCAAUUUUUGGCAAAGGUCUCAGCUAAAGGAUGGGUGAAAGACUAUAGGCUUUACUCACUAUCACAAUUUUACCAGAAGAAUAAAGAUAAUGAUAUUAGUGUUAUAGGUGUUAUACGUGUAAGUGUAAGAGAGAAGAACUAAAAUGCAACCACUGAGAACUUGCAUUUAUUAAUGAAACCAAA